UUUGACGAAUCGAACAAAGUUGGUCGUGUAAAAAAAAAUAUAAAAACAGCGUAAAAUAUGAUACACUGUUAAUUCCAUCUCAUUUGUUUAUCUUAUCAAGCGGAGAGUCGUCAUUUCCUAAAUUUACGAAAAAUAUCAGAAAUCGAAAGAUAAAGCUGGAUAUUCCCCGGCAGAAUGUCUCUGAUACGCGGCGGUCGGUAUCUUAUUAAUAAAUUCAAAUGGAAUUCAAGGAACAUGGCGAACGCCGAAGCAACUAGGCACGAGAAGAGUUUUCUUGAAACGUUAAGAAGAAUAGCGUUCAAUACCUCAGGUUAUAAUCGCUAUGGACUUUAUUCGGAUGACGUGAUCAACGAAAACAUGCCAAUGGUGAAAACGGCCUUGAGUCGGUUACCAGCAGAUAUAAGGGACGCGAGAUCCUACAGAAUAAUACGGGCGAUGCAUUUGGAUACUUUCAAAAUUUUUCUACCCGAAGAAAAAUGGAUCACGUAUGAGCAAGAUAGGGCGUAUCGAUAUCUAAGACCUUAUCUCGAAGAAGCGAUAGCCGAGAAAGAAGAGAUGCAUAACUUUGGCUGUGUCAACUAUGAACAGGAAUAAUGAUCGAAAGCUUAAGCUUGUAACGUAUUUUUGUCACGUGUGAAUAUACCUUUACACGUGUAUACUUAUGUACCUGCAUUACUUUCGUUCAGUUGGAAUAAAUGCCAAGAUCGAAGUACCUAUUUUUGUAUGCUAAAGGAUACAUGUAAAUCCUACGUAAAGGGAUGUCGGAUACGUCUGACUGAGCAGAGUAUCACCUAUUUUUUUCCAGUAAAACUAUAUAGAAUUCUACGGCACGUGAAAACGAAUAUGAUAAAUAAAAAAAAAAUUUCUGUCGCUCGAUUGAAAAUUACCCAAAUUUUUUUUGCUUCGUGCGUACUCGUUACAUAUAUUUUACGUGUGUACAUAGAAAUGCAUAUAUUACGUAUUAAAUAUAUACAGCGCUGAGUAAGUACUUCUGUAAUAGGACUACUAGUAAUAGGACGGAUCGUCUUUGACGAUCGAUAAAGAUAAUUGAAGGGGUCCUACAGGGAGUUUCAAUUUUGAGAUACUAAUUGAAUAGCUCUCGUAUUGUUGCAUAAAAAGUUCGGAUUUUUCGAGAAGCAACGUACCCAUAUGUACACAGUG